UCCUGGGCGGACCCCACACACAGCUGGAUUUGAAACAGCUGGAUCCGCCUUCCCUGCAAGUUUAGCCAGGAGCCUCACAAGCCUGGGAGCUUUGGGUUGGGAGCAAAAUAAUCACAGACUGGCUGCACUGGUGGAGGAUGAAUUGAUCAAAACUGUGAAGCUGGGUUUCCAGUUGCUGGCAGGAUACAGAAAAUGGGUUACUGGAAGAGGCUGGGUCUGAUUUCUCUACUGCUGCUGUCCUUCUCAUGUUCUGCCGGGGCACGAAGAAAUCUGAAGACCAACUUGUGUAAAUGGUGUGACUCCACCUCCCCAGUGUGUGGGGAAAAGGUGUGCUACAGCAACUGUCAUUUGAACUCCUAUUGUGAGAGUCCAUUUGAAAUCUGUGUGGCCAUAUGGAAGCAAGACAAUGAUAGCAUUAAGAUCAGCACUCUGUGCCACAACCCACAGCUCCCAGUAGAAAAUGUAAUGGUUCCAAAUUACAACACCUCACGGUGCAUCAUGACCCAUCAGUCUAGUGAGGAAGGAAUAUUUUACAUCUGUGGUUGUGUGGAUGAACAGGAAUGCAACGAUAAACUCAUAUUUGAAAACCACACCAAUGGAUACUCCAUGCUGCAGAGCAAAGAGGUCAUUCCUGUAGCAGCAAUAAGCCUGCUCCCCCCUCUGCUCGUGGCUGUCAUGAUAACGGUGAUAUUUUACCUCUGCCGCACCCAGAAGCGGAGAAAGAGAGCCAAGGACUGGGGUCAGAAGCACACACAGCACCAGGCUUUGCCCAAGCCAGGAAAAGCCGCUGAGGACGAUGAGAAAUUAUCUGUGAUGACAGAUGACAAUCACUCCAGCAUGAACUUCACCUGUGCCAACAGCAUCAACCAUAACACCGAGCUGCUGCCCAUUGAGCUGGAUGAGAUAGUGGGGAAAGGCCAGUUUGCCGAGGUCUGGAGGGCCAAGCUGAACCACACCACUUCAGGGCAAUACGAGACAGUAGCUGUUAAGAUUUUCCCAUGCGAGGAAUAUUCCUCUUGGAAAAACGAAAGCCAGAUCUUUACAGAUGCCAGCCUCAAGCAUGAGAGCGUCCUUCAGUUCCUUACAGCAGAGGACAGAGGGUCUGGGCCCCGGAAGGAAUACUGGCUCAUCACUGCCUACCAUAGCAGGGGCAACCUGAAGGACUAUCUGUCCCGACACAUUCUGAGCUGGAUAGACUUACAAAAAUUGGCCAGCUCCCUGGUGAACGGCGUGGCCCACCUGCACAGCGACUACACUGCCUGUGGCAGGCCAAAGAUCCCAAUCGCUCACCGGGAUAUCAAAAGCACCAACAUCCUGGUGAAGAGCGAGUGGGAGUGCGUGAUUUGUGAUUUUGGCAUUGCUCUAAAGCUAGACCCUUCCUUAACAGCGGAUGACUUUGCUAACAGUGGGCAGGUUGGCACUGCCAGGUACAUGGCUCCUGAGGUUCUAGAGUCUAGAGUGAAUCUGGAAGACCUGGAGUCCUUCAAACAAAUGGAUGUCUACUCCAUGGCCCUGGUUUUAUGGGAAAUGGCCUCCAGGUGUGAGGUUGUAGGAGAGAUAAAAAGUUACGAGCUACCUUUUGGGUCAAAAGUCCAGGAGCAACCCUGUGUGGAUACCAUGAGAGACAUUGUGCUGCACGGCAGAGGGCGCCCAGAGAUACCUUGCAACUGGCUAGUGCAUCAGGGAAUGCACUUUCUGUGUGACACCAUCACAGAGUGUUGGGACCAUGACCCCGAGGCUCGCCUUACAGCCCAUUGUGUGGCGGAACGGUUCAAUCUGAUGGAACAAAUGGACUGUGAUGACAUCCUCAACAACAAUACAGACAACGAAGGCAGCAAAACAGCCCCUCUAAGUGGGGACAGUGACGGGAAUAGAAAUACCCAGUGACAGGAGGAAAUGAAAGCCUCGUAUCAAAAAGAAACAAGGAGAUAAAAGACAAACACGUGGCUCUAAAAAACAAACAAACAGAUCUCAAUUCAUCUUCCUAAAAUGAACUAAGAGCUAGUUUAUAACUUAUUUAUCGGAACCUUUCACUCCAUAAGUACAAUGCAAAGAGCCCUGGGAUCAAUACUUUGGCUAAAGUGCCACAUUGUUUAGAAAUUUAUUAUUUUGUACUUAAGUGUACAAUGUUAAUACAUUUUCUUUAUUAUUUUAAAAUUAAUGUUUAACCUUUAUUAAUAAGCACCUGGAUUCCACCUCUAUUCCUUUAAGUUUAUUUUUUUCCAUGUUCAUUCUUGCACCACUGAGCUUUACCCCUAAUUUUCUAGCCUUUCAAACCUCAGGUGUUAGACAGGAGCUCAUUAAAACAGGCAUUGUCUCCGAUUACCCAUUCAGAGAUCAGCCAGCCCUUUUCAUAUUGCAAGGAGAUACCUGAAAUUAGAUUAGCAAAAGCCUGAUUGGCUUUAACACCAACGCAUCUUUUUCCAAUGUAUAAUUCCUGGGAAUACUUGACUUUUCCAGCUGUGUGUUAAGAGUACAAAGUUACUUGGCUAAAAAAACGAACAAGAACAAUUCAGAGAAUGUGGUUCAACUCUAAAUAGCACUUAUGCAGAAUGUCAGCUAAGUAUUAAUUUCAAGUCACAUGUCUCCUGACUCCCAGCUAUCUUCUAAAUCAAACUAAAGAAGAUAUAUUGUAACAGCACGUGCACUUUAACGGUGAUAUCGGCAAGAUGACUGGGGAGAAGGUCUAGUUCAUCACAUAGAUGGUUUCCAUCUCCACCUUCUGUGAUCCAAGAGUCAAGUGGCAAAUGACAUGAAGGUUGGUGGGGCUUGGACCUUCCUUUCCAAUUACAGCAAUACUGUGUUGGGCUCCUCCCCUCUACUGGAAAGGCUCUUAGCUGAAUGGCAGAAGAUAAGGUAAGUCACGCCCCACUUCCAAACCUCUUCAUUGACCCAAACCCUGCUCCUCUCCUCCACACACACACUCCCAUGCACAGCGAGGACUGAAAGGCAAUGAGAAGAGUGUGGCUCUGCUGUGCAAGGAAGCCUGCAAGCUCUGGCACGAUAAAGUCAUCUCCACGAAGGCAAUGUAUGGGGUGGCAUUCAGAGGGGCACGUUGCCCAUAAGUCUGCAACUGCAUGGAUCUACCGUACAGGUAAGGGGAAGGGUGGGAAAGAGUAGCACAAUGGCUGUGCGGGAUUUUGCAAUCUUUGAUAUUGGGAGGGAUUCUGUAUAAAGCCUCCUGAUUCUGGAUUUGCACCGCUUCAGUGGAGUGUGACCUAAAUUAAAAAGGCUCCUCCUUCCUAGAUCCUCCCAGCUGUGUUUCCAUCUCUCUCUCAGGUUCUUACAUGGGGCAAAGGAGAGAGACUGUCUGAGUAUAGAUGUGGGUGUCACAGAAGCAUCAAUUCUAGGGAAUGUUUUUAUUGAAAAGGUUUUCUAGGUAUUCUGGUGGGCACCUAUUUUAAACCUCCAUCUCAUAGCCCCUGGCCACGCGCUGUGGUUCAAUCCUCUCCCCUGACUCCUCUGUACCUCCUCCUCCUGCUUGGGACUUGGGGCCUUCUUUCAAGCGGCUCUCUGCACUUGGAACAGCUUCCCUUCUCCCGUUUACCAGGAGCAUCCUCCCUUUCCCCUGCACCUCACUUCUUUUUCAGCCACUAAUCACAAUUCUAAUGUAACCCACUUCCUCUCUUACCACCGAUUACACAGAAAGAGCAAGACAGCCGUCUACAGCGUACACUUAGGAAAGAAAAGUUGAAACUGCCACUCCCACAUCUAAGGGCUGCAGGUGGCUAAUAUGAAUUCUGCAUUAGCUUUUGCAGCUCCAAGUUUGAAACUGACACUACGAGGAACAAACAGUGCAACUCACAGAAUAAGUAUAAACUUAAGAUGCUUCCAAAGGCAUCCUGAACUCUCUCUCACAAGGGGAGCUGUAUCCACCAAAGUGUGGGGGGAAGCAGAACAUUGUAACCAAGAGUAAAGCCUACUUAUUAUAUCCUAGGGUUGAAGUCCAAUUCCUUUGCAAAGUGAGUAUACAUAGUCUCUGGGCGAUACUGUAAAGAGCACGUGGGGGCCAAGAUCGAGACACACUAAUUUCAGUGCUACCAUCCAUCUUUGCCCCAUUUACAGCCAUUUUAAUCAACAAUCACACAAUGUAUGGUUUCUAUACAUCCGCACUUGCUUAGGGGACAUCUAUUCUCCUUGGCCAAUUAUCUAGCAAGUUUGUACUGGUCAGUAAAUUGCCUUUGAAGAUUACCAUCCCACUGAUAUUUCACUGGCUAUUUAAGAAAGUUGUGACUGUCACUUUCUAUUUAGUCCCAAUUUUCCAAGAAUAGCUGAAACUAAACAUUUGUGUUUAGUUAUAUUGCUGUCUGCUUUCAGACUGAAAGUGAUUGUUUCUAUUGAUUUUGUCCAAAUGUUUCACUGAAAUACUUCUAACGGUCCAGGAAAGAAACAUUGACACACGAAAAAUAGUAUGUAGACAUCUGAUUCUUCACCUUCGAUGUCAAUGGAAAUUUUGUCAUUGACUUAAACAAGUGCAAGAUCAAGCCCCACCAGAAAGAGGGAGGAUGGAACAUAGGCCCAAAUAUUGCAUUGUGCUGGGCCCCCACAGAGCUCCACUGUAUGGAACUGUAGGAUCAGAACCACAGACAGGGCUUGAAGGUUUGCUUACAAAGUAGCAACAAAUACUUCCCUCCACUGCAGGAUUUACAGGGCGGAAUUCUGUGGCCUGUGUUCUGCAGGAGGUCAGACCAGAUGGUUGUAGCAGUCCCUUCUCAUCUAAUCCUCCGAAAAUCUAUCAACCUAGAUCAAAAAUUGUAUCUUAUGAUUUCACUAAGAUUCUUAAAGGAGUCACAUAAAAUUCAUAUUGUUUGAAUCUAAUAGUCAAUAGUAAGAAAUAUGGAAAAUGGUCCACAAUUACCAUUACAUCCUUUAUCUCCCCAGCAGAACUGACAAACUGCUUUAACACACUGUAGCUGUAGCCGUGUUGGUUCCAGGAUACUAGCUUUAAGACAGGAGUUAAAAUCCAGAACAUUAAACCUCUUCCAGCUAUGGAUGAUGAUCACCUGAACAACAGAGGAAAUUCCUAGGUGGUCUUUUCAACACCUUCAUGUUGAAGGAGUCUUGCCUCGCAUAUUAAAAAGACAAUUCCUUUAGCAAUCAAUGUUGUUCCAUUUGGUACACUAUCGAUAUUAGCUACAGUGAUAUUAAUGUGAAACCAGUCAUACCAAGUGGGAGAAAUCUGACUAAAAACCAGAAAAUAAGAAAAGCCAUCAAGAUUAAGACUGAAAUGUCACCUGAACUCACCCCCUUUAUAAAUAGGUAUCCAGGAGUGGCUCCAGGUCACAUUUUUAAGUAGGGGAUUGUAACUUGCUUUAACUGCAUGUGCUUAUUAACAGAGGACACUUUUGAAGGAGGAACUUGGUCUCCUGCUAUAGCAGCUCAGGUAUUUAAAUUAAGAUCUGCUGUGGCUGCUGCUGCUUUGAAGCCUGGACUGUGUGCUACCACACUGACCCUUGCAGGAAUCCUGUGUCACAAAGCCCGUUUUGUUUUUUUUAAUUAAUAGCCGUGAACUAAGCAUCAAAUUAUGAGGAAGGCUCAGUUUAUUUUACUGAUUUCCCCUGCCUGCAACAGCAGGUCUAGACCCCAGAACCAGAAGAACUGCUUGACCUAGUCUAUGUCCACACCUUGGUGUCCUGGGUUACAUGAUGAUCUCAAAGGGAAAAUCACCACCACUUGCAGCAUGGAGCCUGACAUAUAAAAGAAGCAUGCACACUCAUGCUCCAGAGCCAGGCAGGAACCCCCACUCUCCACAGUGGGGUUCCUGCUCCGUCCAUGGGACCUGGUUAAUAGCCUAUGAACUGCUGCCACUCUUCGGCACAUGGCUGGAGGGAGAAUGGCCACACCCAGGAUGGGACAGCACCACCUCAGCAGAGAACCCUCUGGAGUGCUGGGUUGAGUCAGGGGCGGGGUCCUCUCCAGUGCCUUCUGGUGGGAUGUCCCCAGACAGCAGCCAAAUGCUGGGGAAGGUGGCAUCAGAAGGUGCCCCGCUGUGAUAAGUCACAGGAUAGUGGUGGGGGUGUCUGCCACUACUGGUCUUGAAGGUCACCCUUCUCACCUUCCGGGCUGGGUGUGGUACACGAGCAAGGAAACCUCAGGGCGCCACAAAGCCAGCAGAGAACUCUGUACAUUUCCUUCCACCACAGCAGACCCCUCGGAACCAUUAUCCCUUGCCACUUACUUCUCUACUAGGGGCUGAAGCCUCCCUCCUUCUCCUGGACAGUUCCCAACCCAGCCAAAGAAGGGAGUAGGCAGCCAAGGAGGGGGGAGACCCCACAUUUCAGAUGGAUUUUUCAUAGAUAGCCCCUGCCACCACCAUCCCAAGGGCCCUGGAUUGCCCUAACUGAGCACUGGCAGUGACAGAGUUAGCAGUGUAAUGCUAUUAGCAUGUGCAUAAAAGCUAGACCUCUGAAAUAGCUGGGGACAAUACAGUGGGUAAAGGAUAAAGUUUCUGCAUUCACUCUGAUUUCUUUGCUUCUGUGGAUUUAACAAACAGGCCCUUGCACACCAUUACCAUGUCAUUAAGCCUGUUAUUAAUACGCUCUCUCUAUAUUCCUUUAAGACACAUUCAUAGAUGGAGCAGUAAGAGUGUACACUGACAAUAAGCACAGCCUGUCAAUCGAAAAUCCUGAGUGAACCAUUAAAAAAGCAUUAAAACCAACAGAUAUUCUGUUUUCUUUACAUCUUAAUAUUUUGGCUAGUAUAAAGUGUGUUUUUAUAAUAACGAUUAGUCAAAAUUAUAGCAACAUUGCCUUUAAAAUAAAUUAAGAUUUAUUUUUCAAACACAAGGGCACUAAGCCAGUAGUUUCAGUUUUUAACAUUACUCCUUCUCUGAAUUUAAGACACUCUAAACAAUUUAUUUCAAAAUUUGUAAGGAAAAAUAGAGGGUAUUCUAUACAAAGUUAGAAGCAUAUAGUUUACACAGGGCCUAAACUGCACACGCUUCUUCAGAAGGAAGUUAUUCUGACAGGUACGGGUGGUCAGAUACUACGGCUUGGGGAGGCCGUGGAAAUAUGGCUAGA